GAGACGGCGCGUCGUUCUCCAUGAUGUCGUCUGUCAUGAUGAUGUCCCGAGUUCGAUGGAACGACGCGAUGUGAUUGUGUUGCCGGUAAGCGCGGCCGUUCGUCAUUGAACAGCGACAUCGUGGACGCGGGGCACGCCGUCGCAGUGCUUUAACACGCCGCACAGCCUACGCAAAGAUUUCAACAUUCUUGCAUCAGUUGAAGUGCCAGGGUAUCGCAUAAUGGGCCACCUGGCCAGUGAGUGAACCGGCUCGCUCGAGUGUGGGGCGUUGGUCGUCCUGCUGGAUCUGGCUUGGCUUGGCUGGCCAUGGCCUACCUCGAGCUGAACGUUGAGCAGGUGAACAAGGCGGCCGAGCUGCUCCCUUACGACACUCAGGACAUUGACCCCUUGGCCAAUGUUGUCGAUCCACGGCUUGACAUCCGUUCUUCCAAGUCUUCCGCAGCUGGCUCUACUAUGCCUUUUCUGGCCGAGUCUGAGCAGAGCCGACGAUCCAGCGUGGCUAGCUCGGCGGGAAGCACGGCGGGCAAGGCCCAGGCACCACCUGGGCCCCCGAUAGGUGCCGCAAGUCCGGCCACCAACGGAACCGAGCAGCUCCCAGCAGCUUCGCCUGACGACCCGGUCUAUCCAAACAUCUCUCCCCGGGUGGCGGAGUACGUGGCGACUGAGAAUCCGACACUGUGCACCCAGGUGGCCGAGUGCAUCGAGAAGCACUCCCUGGUGCACUCGCCGCGCCGAGCGCAGGCCGCUCCGGCCAGCUCUGCGACUCCCCGUUCACCGCUCAAGUGCAUGGCACAGGCAGCCGACGCCCUCGCGGUCCAGCAGUCCACCAUUGGUGUCCCCCUGAAGCCAUCUGUGCCGACCAAGGCCAUCUACCAGGAGUUGGUUGAGUAUCCCCCAGAGAGCAUCGUGGCCUCCGUUGACGAGCGCACUUCCUGGCUUCGCACCAUCCUGAGCAGUCAGGCUGCCGCCAGAAAUCACGUGCAGUCUCCCCAGAACGGGUCUGCCAAGCCUAACCCCCUCCUCCGCAACCAGUGCACCAUCACCCGGAGGGAGCUGCCUUCCGUGCACAACUGGAGGCGGCCCUCCGAGGAGCCUGGCUUCGACGCGGACAACUUCGACUCGGCCUCCAUGUGCUCCGAGACCGAGUCGAACCUGUCGUGGGUCAGCGACGUCGACGACGAGAUCAGGAUGCUGAAGUCCAUGAUGGUGCCGCGGGCUUCCCAGUUCGCCGUCCUCACCGCCCGAGAGAAGACGGCGACUGGCACGCAGACCGACCAGCUGUCCUCGACUGGUAGUGUUGUGGCUCACGUCGGCAUUGAAACGGACGAGACAGACCACUUUGCGAUCUUGAAGGAGAAGGUCCACCUCGAGGGUGAGCUGGACACGCUCCAGGGAGAGCUGGGCCGGCUGGUUCAGGCCAAGUCCGAGCUGAAGACGCGGGCUGCCGCCGCCGAGGCCCGCUGCCAGAAGCUCGCGGAGGAGAAAGACGCAGCCGUUCAACGGGAGGCUAGCUUGCAGCAGGAGCUGCAGACGCUCAAGAUGGAGUCUGUGCGCUACGGGCGUGUGGUGGGUGACUAUGACAGCCUGAUCCACUCCAAGGAAUCCGAGACAGGCUUCCUGCACGACGAGGCCGCUGUGCUGUCAAACGAGAACCGUGAACUGAAGGUCGCUGUAGAGGAGCUGAAGGUGGACCUGGAGUCGCGUUGCGGAGCCAUUGAGGGACUCAAGAAGAAGAUUGCCGAGAUGCACGUCGAGAGCCAGUCGGCCGUGCGUGCCCGGGCCCAGCUGGAAGCCGAGAAUGCAAGCAUCCGCAACCAACUGCAGGUGAUCGAGAAGUCCAAGGACUGGUUCCGCGAUCAGCUCCACGAGAGUCAGCAAGGCAGGAACCAGCUGCACAAGGAGCACGUGGCCACCCAGGCCGAGAAGAUUGCACUGGAGAGCACAGCGGAGAUGCUCCGAGCUGAGAACGCACGCUUGACUCAGGAGCUGAUGGAGGCCCGGCAUCGUUCCGUGCGGGACAAAGAGAGCCUCAUGAAAAGGCUCGAGGACAUCGAAGCCGACCUGCUCGAGAGGGAGGCCACUCUGUCUCGCGAGGCCGCUGAAGCACAGCCUCAGCAGCCCGUUUCCGAGGCAAGCGACCUGUCCAGCAAGUUACGUGUGGCCGAGCUGGAAGAACAGCUGCGUUCGGCCGAGUCGAGCCUAUCCGAGCGGUCCGCAGCCCUGUCAGCACUGGAGCGGGAGCGUACGGAGCUGGUGACGGAAGUACAGCGACUACGACUGCGACUGAGCGACAGUGAGCUCGGUCGGCGUAACCAGGACGAGCUGCUACGGGAAGGCGUGCAGAAGGUCCGGCGACUGCAGACGGAACUGGCGGCCAGUGAGGAGCGAGCCACGGAACUACGCAACCAGAAGGCAGCCCUCGAAGUGGCCUUGGCUGCAGCCAACGAGGACAAGCGCGUUGUCGGCGAGUCGCUGGGUACCCUGACCGAAAACUUGGCCCGGCUCGAAAACAACUUCAAGCUCAUCCGCACCGAGCAGGUGGCCAAGACAGCGCAGAUCGACCAGCUGCAAAGAGAGAAGGCCUCGCUCGGCGAGCGCCUCUCGGAGACCGAGACGGCCCUGUCGCUGGCAAGGAAGGAACUCGCGUCCCGGUCUAAUGCACAAUCUCAGGCUCAGGCCAUGGAGGUUAGUCAGCUGCGCAAGCAGUACAGUGACCUACAGAAUGUGGUGCGUGUCCUCGAGGCCGACCUCAAGAAGGCUGCAGCUGAGGCCAGGGAGGCAACAACAAGGCACGGGGUGGACAAGGAGAAGCUGCGGCAAUCGGAGGAACAGCUGGAACAUGCCGAGGCCGAGCUGGAGACCCUGGCACAGCGCAAUGCUGUCCUGCAGAGCCAGCUGCACGAGUCAGCUCAGCGGCUGGUCCGGGAGGAGGCUCGCCGAGUGGCCAGCCUUCAGGAGCAGGCGCAGCUGCACGACCCCUCCACCUGGGAGACGCGUGUUCGAGAGCUCGAGCAGACGCUGGCCACUCGCGAGAUGGCCACCAGAGAGCAGGAACGCAUGCACAAGUCCAACAUCCGUCUACUGACGCGCAAGCUCCGCGAGAAGAUGAAGGAGCUCAAGCUGGCUCAGGUGCAGCUGGCCAACGCGGAGUCGCAACAGGAGGAAGACCAGCAGCGGCGGAAGAGCCAGAAACCGGUCAGCCAGGAAGUCCAGACCCUGGAUCAGCCGGAGAAAGCCAGUGCCGAGGCUCAGACCGAUGCGGCGGCAAAGAUCCAGGAGGAGCAGACAGAGUUAGCUGAAAAGAACCAGGAAUUGCUGCUGCAGCUUGAGAGGGAACAAGGACGGCUUGCUGGUUCCCUAAAGGCACAGGAAGAGCUGCGUGCCUGCGUGGAGCAAUUGGAGCGGCAGCUGUCGGAGCAGGGUGGUUGCAUGGCUGAGCUCCAGUGCCAGCUGGAGCAGGUGCAGGGGCGUGCCGACCAGGUACAGGCCCUGCACCAGAGCUCGGUGGCCGACCUCCAGAGGGAGCUCGAGAAAGAGCGCACGCUCAGCAAGGAGCUGCGGCAAAGGAUCUUUGAGGAGAAGCGUCGUGGGGGCCAGCUGCAGCGUCAGCUGUCGAGCCUAAAGCAGGGUUUGUCGGAGGCGAGCCAGUCGGCGGAUGCGGGUCGGCUCAAGGCCCAGGCUCAGGCCGAGCUGGCACAGAGCCUCGAGGCACAGCUGAGGGAGGCACAGGGCCGGCUGGAGGGACUCCGAGCAGACCUCGCUGCUUCCCAGGCGGCCAGGCAGGAGUUGGAGGCCAAGCUGCGCAAUGCCCAGGAGAGAGAUCCUGCCCUGGAGCAGCAGAUGAAGCUGCUGAGCUGGAACGUGAAGGAGAAGACCCAGGAAGUGGCUGCCCUCCAGGAACGCGUGCGCCUAGCCGAGACUGCCCACCAGGCCGAAGUUGCGGGACUGCGCAGACAGAUUGAGGAGGCCCAGCAGCAGCACUCUGACCUGUCGGCCGAGCUGAUGUCGGUGCGCAAGGAGAAGUUCACCCUCCAGGCCAGGCUGCAGGAGCUUCGCAAUGUGCUGCGCUCGCGCAUGGAGCAGUGCAAGGAGCUGCAGAGGCAGCUGACGGAACUGGCAGAGACCACCGAGUUUGACCUGCCCAACGUCGUGCCGGACUUCGACGACUCGUACAUCACGGAAUUGCUCCAGCAGUGUUCUUCACAGCCGACCAGCAGGCCACUUGGGAGCCUUCAAGUGUGCCUUGACUCACUCAAGCAGGACUUGAACACUCUUCACAGCCAGAUUCGGCAGAACGUGGAGCUUCCUAAGAAAGAACUCGUGACCUGAAAAGACUGCUACAACCGCUUGGAACGCACAUCAUGGUCUUCCAUCCCAGUGACUGAUGCCAAAGAAUGAACACCUUUCGACGGGAAGUUGGUUUUUGAAGGACCAGGGUUAUAAAGCUUUCUAGUGUGUCGUGGCCAUGUAGUAACCGUUCCGGUGUUGGGGUAUAUCUGUGUGAAGAGCUGCCUCUUUUAUGUAGUAUAUAUUCAUCUUUCUUGGUUUGUACGGCGUGUGUUUUUGUACGUUCCUCGUUUUUUUUUUCUCCGUCUACAUAAUAUACUUUCAAAGUAGUGUCGACAUUCUUUUCUCAUUUAUUGAGUGUGAUUGAAUGGAAUUGGAACAGGGUGUUACGAGUGAACUAGGAUUUUAGUGCGAGCGAUUGUUUUGUCGGGUGUGUGGAAGGCGUCGGCUGCAUCAGAGAACGAGUGAAUGCGGUGUGUGUAGUAUGGAGACCUGGGGCCAUUUUCCGAGUCAUUCAUUUUUUUAAAGAAGAAUACCUACGCUAUCAUUUUUAUAGUGUGCUCUGACCGGUGCAACAGAUGCCCAGCAAAAAGAGUUUCUAGGGUUUUUUACGGAUGCAUGGUGUUGUGUGCAAUGUGCUGGUUACGUUUGUUGGCAUUGUCCUUCGGCAUUGUCUUUCAGAAUACUGCCUUGCUUCAUUUCAAAAUAGGCAAUGGGGGAGCAUUGUUUAGGAGAGAUAGGAUUCUUUGGGGUUGAGCGAAUGCAUGCACAUUCAUAGGGAAAAAAAAAAAGCGGUCAGCUGCCUGAUUACAUCGAAAAAGAAGUGCAAGCGUCGCUUUAAUUCUCUAACGGCUCUACUAAGUGUGUUAAAGUAUUUUAUCGAGAGAAAACUAUAUUAGCUGUUGUGUUGGCAGCUUUGAUGAUAACCGGUAUUAAUGAGAAGUGCAACUAUAAAGAAUUGCUUCGUCAGGGCCAUUUUCGGAUGACAGUCGAUUUACAUUUGAUUGCAAAGGCUGAUAUCUCCGCAGAUUAUCUCUCUCAAAGCAGUCGAUGUGUUAUUAGUUCAUUUUGCUUUACUUUAUAUUAUUUUUCACUGUUAUCUUUGUUUAGAUAUUACGGUUGAAUUCGUAUGAAUCCAAUGCCUCGUGUGUUCACACUGAGUGGAGUGAUAAGCGUGGGCUCGUUAGCUGAAAUCUAUGAGCCAUUGCUGCAAAUUCAUGCAAAUUCUGUCUUGUGCAGUGUGGUUCCUGUCUGCAAUGCUUGUGCAUCUUAUGCACAUAUAGGAAGUCUCAUUUUUGAUCUAGCAACUUUGAAAAAAUGAACUUGCACUCCUUUUACUGUGAGAUAUUAUGCAAGAAAUAUCUUGGCUGCCUUGAUAUUUUCAGUGUACAGCUGGCACAGCUAAACGUGCUCUAUAUAAAGUCAAACCUCGCAUGAACGUGAAUAUAAUGUAGUUAACCUUUGUUGGUUAUGCUUGAUCUUUCAGUGGGCUUUCCGACGCUAUAACAGAACGGCAAAAUGUGAGGUUUGAGAUUAUAUAGGUUGCAGUGAAGCAAACACGACCAACUAGGCAGGUGGAAAUAUGUAUUCUUGUUGCAGAAAUGUCAAAUGCUCCGACACAUUUUAGACAUGCAUGUGCGUUUUGGUUCAUGGUUUGGCUGGCUCUCUGCCAGGGAGGUUAUUUACUAAUCAUCUGUGAUUGUACUGAUUGCAUAUGGUUGCAUGUCAUUGAUGCAGAGUGCAUUUACAGUUUAGUAUUUUCAAGGAAAGCUGCUGAGAGGCUGUCAAACUGACAGGCAACCCUUUGAUGGCCCACUGAAUGCAUCACGUUUAUUUGUAUUGAACUAGUUAUCGUCUUUAAGCUGGUAUUAAUGUUUAUGCCGAUAACGAAUAUUGGAUGCAGCACAGGCAUCUUCAUAUAAUGUGCAGUUUUGUUACAAUGGGAUUUAAUUGUAGGGCAAGCAACAAUGCAUAAUGAUAUUGUGAACAGUGCCGUAAAUAUUGAGGGAAAAGUGCAAUGCUGUAGUUGGUUAGUGCGGUGUUAGUCAUUGAACCUAGGAUUAUGUGCGACAUUAAGUAAGUUUUGAUGCAUAAAAAUUUAGUCACAUGGUUGAGCUUCUCUAAGGCCACUUUUGUGAAUGCCUGUGUAGCUUGAAAAAUGACAUUAUGCACCUUAUAUAUUUUGUAAUGUGUUUUACAUUUAAUGUGAAAAGAAAGCUAGAAACAUCUCUUUUUUGGUGGCACCUUGAGUAAUAUUUAUUGGUGUUACGAACGAGGUUCAUUAGACACAGAGCCAACUCUGCAGAAACGCACAGUCAUCUUCAUUACACAAUCGGUGCAAUGCAAAUUUGAAUUAUUUUUCACGCAUCUGAGCCAACUAUUCUUUUUCGCUUGGUUGGAAUUUCCUGUGAGGUGCGUCUGGUCAGACCUAUGUUCUGUGGUCAGUUUUGUAAUGUAUGUGUGUGUACGUAUAUAUAUAUAUAUAUAUAUAUCCCCGUAUUUUCGCUUCUUUCAUUUUGAGUUGAUGUGACUUGCAAAAAUUUUUGAUGCCUACUGCUCCUUCAGUAUGCCGAGAGAUUGUCUUCCUCCCGAUGUGUUGAGCUUGGAACGGAACCCUGUAAACCUUGUGCUAGCAAACCUGCCUGUGAUCUCAUAGCAGUUUUGCAGUUUUAAACUCUGUGUGUGCCAAACAAUGAAAUGGUAAAGACAAAGUGCCUUCGUUGAAUCACGUUGAGGCGGCACCGAGGCUCUCUUGGUGACAACUGCAACUUGUGUCAUGAUGCGUUCUUUAGCGCAACAACCGUGUAAUGCUAGAACUACGAGCAGAUGUGGAUUGUGCGAAAGAAAGAAUGCUGUAGCGUGAUUUAGAGAAGUAUAGCGCACAUUUAGAAAAAUAAGAAAAAAGCUGUAUUGAGCACCUGCACCUAGUGGUCUUAAAGGGACAUCAAGAGGCAAAUGCGAAUUUAGAAGACCUCUCACCAGGCACUCCAUACAAACAAAUGUGUGUGCAUAGGCCACAUGCUAACAAUUAUAUAUGCAAAUUGGUUCAGUUAGCAAUGCCACUAAACCAGUUGGAACAUUUAUAUGAAAGGCGUGUGGCUUCAUUUUUUUUCAAUUAAUUUUUUUACCAUCUUUUACUUGUUUAGUUCAACUGGGAAAGAGAAGUAAACAACAAAGUGUCAUCAUAUGCACAUUGUGCGAUCUGAGAAGUGAGUCGCUCUUAAGUGUGCAUUUAUUUAAUCAUGUAUCGGCAACUAAAUAACUUCAAGAAACGACGAGAGGAGUUGAAAAUUUAAAUGACAACCCCCCAGCAGCCUUAUUCACAGAGUAGUCGAGUGUACUCAUCAGCUGAAUCAACAUCGUAUAGCGACACCAAAAUUCUCUCAGUUUUGUGGUUGUGCAAGUUCACCGUCGUAGUUGCAUCGUGGAGCAAGAAAGGAAAAAAAAAGCGAGGAAAAAGAGUUGUAGCACAUUAUAUGAAAUGUCAUGUGGGCCAUGAGCUCUCAUGACAUUUAUAUUGUCAUUUACAUUGUCUCCAGUCAUGCGUCAUUUGCAUGACACAUGAUUAGAGCCCAUGGUCAGAUUGGGCAUUUGGCUUUUAAUCUGGGUGAAUGCACAGUUCUGUCAUAGUAUCAGUUUUGGAGGCUGAUGUAAGCAACGAGGGAGCUUUCAUUGCGGGGAGAGCAACUUUUGACAUUUUCAAAAGGUACUCGCUUUUAAAGGGCUCUGUGGAUGUCAUUUCAAUACUUCCACUGUUGUGUAACCAAAAUUUUGAGUGUGGCCUGGUGAGGCGCCCUUUAAUUCAUAGGUCAUUAUCAUAUCUCACUGGAAACCCUGUCAAGCCUCUAAAAGGGCACCCCAGCAUUUUGGUUUAACUCACCAUUUGCCUUUGGUGUUCCUUCGUUGUUGUAGUGCACAUCGUGUAGGUGACACUAUUCUGGUAGAAUGUUGCGUCCUGCUCUUCCUUGUUGUUCCUUAGCUUGUCGAUUUGGAAUGCAAAAUAGUGCCGCUGUUCACUGACAGCUGAACACUUAGUUCAUUUAUAGGUUGACCUUUUAAGAACAGCAAUCAAUUGUUCUUGAACAGCUUGAUGCAGGAUAUAUAGAGAUUGUAGUCUGUACGAGAAGCAUAACGUGUAGGUACUAAAAGUAAGCGUAAAGCAGUUCUUUGCCUUGUUAUUUAAUGAUCUGUGAUGUUUUCGAGUUUAGGAAGCGCACAACAAUCACGCUUAAUACAUUGGCCUUACAGUUGUACGAGGGCCUUACACUUUCUCAUCGCAUGUUAAUGCGGUUCGAGCACCUUGCAGUUAGUUAGUGGAGCACUUUCCCUUUGUUUCGAAACCUUGCCAUUUGCACAAAGGUUGGGGAACUUUGCGCUGCAUAGGCGGUACAGAAGAACCCUCGCAGGAGGCACAGAAAACGCGCUAAGAACGAACGGGUGGUCGUGAACUGACAAAUGUUUAAUCUCCUGGGAGGUGCCACCUGAGGUUGCAGUUUGCUUCAACUUGGCAGCAAAUAGCAGUGAGCAAGUGUUACCUAUGUACCACAGACAUGUAGAACAGUGACUAAGAGUCGAGGGCUAAUGGAUAGCUUCGCAGUGCUCAUGAAAAUGGUGCUUGUCAUGUGCUUGAUCUUAAUUUCUAUUUGCUUACUCGAGAGACUAGCAAAGUAUCGUUAAGGUUAGUGUGACUUCUGUCGCAUUAGCAAUGGUGUGCACUGUAGGUGCUGUAGUUGUGGUUAUGGCAGUCAACAAGAUACUGAUGGAAACUUGCAUUGGCGCUCUUUUGAUAUACUGGUAUUAAGCGGAGUUUUUGUCCCACCUGGAAUUGUGUUAGCACUGUUUUAUGGUUUCAAUGCAUCAUUUUGUAGCCACCAAAAAUCGCUAAUCCAUAGACACAUGUGGGCACUUAUGCUAAAAAAACUGAAGGAAAAGGCCAUAUCCUAUCCAUAAGCGACUUUGAGCACGCUGGGGACAUUUUUACUUUGAUCAUGUAGUGCACACUAUGUUAAAUGUAUAACCGAUCUUUGCAAUGAUGAUAUCGGGCUAAAAGAAGUACUCUUGUACUGAAAUUAUUUGUGCCCCCACCGCUAAGUCUUUUAUAUUGCUUCAAACAUUCAGGAAUGAGCCAGAAAACAUCUGUGUUGUUUUUUUCCCCAUUAUUAAGUAACUAUGAAGUCGUGUAGGGUAAAGCUAGUUUUGUGACAUGACCUUCAGACAGGCAUGUGGACAAAUCAAGAGCUGAGAGGACUCUUAUCAACCACUGCUGCAUUGUUGCCCGAGCUAUACCCAAGAAAAUGUUCUUGCGAACUGGUUUGUUCUUACUGAACUAGUAUUGUGUGGUGCAAAGUGUAAAAGAGAGAGAACAGGACAGGGUGCUCUGCUCUGUUCCUCUCUUUCAUUUUUAAUUUAGGCGGGAUGUUACUUGGAUCAUACCCAGAACUGCCUUCAUUGAUGGCAUGCUCGUGAUACUGAGCUUACUACUGAAUGCCAGCUGAAGAUUGAAUUUGCUUUGUUUUUAUGCUUGUAGGGAAGUCUCUCUUGGUAUGUUGUAGUUUCAUUAGCAAGCCCAAUAAUUUUGCCUUGAACCUUGGCCGUACCGAGUCUCAAACCUCUGUGCUCACUUGUUUUCAUUUUAAUAGAGUUUCAUGCAUAUUCGAAUGUGCACAUUCAUUUUCAAACGUGCCGAGAUGCUGUAUUUAACACUCAUCAACCUCGACACGCGUGUGCACUUGCACUGAUUUGGUAGAGAACCGAUGUGACCGAUAUGUAUACUUUCACAGUUUCAGUUAUGUGAACUUAUUUUAGAUGUCCGAUGUAGAUUGUAAGCCUUAUGGGAAAUUUGUGGCUUUUUGGAGGGGGGUUGUGUGUAUGGGUCGGUGCUACACAACGCUUUUAUUGCACCCGCCUUGAUACCGGUGCAUUGUUCAUGUAAUCUGCCGAAAGUAAUUCUCAAUACCCGCAUGCAACACAGUGCCUCUGCAUUUUUCUGCAUGUGUCAUUGAAAGUGCGACGUUUCAUCCUCGCUAAGCUUUGCAGAACAGUUUCAUUCUCAAUUUCUAGAUCGCGGAUGUUUGGGUAAUGCAAAUGUCAUCUGUCUGGUUGAAAUUAAAAGUGCCAUGCAGUGCCCAAGAGCUCUGUUGCAGAUGAUUGUGUGUCUGAGAAGUUGGCAGGGUCAGAGCAAAGAGUUUUUUUGACGAAUGUUGUCAUGUUAAAACUCCUGCUGUUCUCCACAAUGUGGGACUCCUUCAGCCUGUGCCGUGUGCAUUGGUGGCCCGCUGCUGUGGAUGUGCAAGUGUUGUAUCUGUGCAAUGUGCAACGUAUAAAAGCACAAAUGUUUUAUUCUC